AUGGACGAAAUUAACAAAUAUCUAAAGUUUUUAACAUUGAAGUUUACACAGUCGAUAGUUCAAAGUCGCCUAGGUGGUGUGGUUCAUACGAAAUGCAGCACUGCUGGAACAGAUUGGUUUAAUAUUGCCAUACAGGAUCAUCCUGACGUGCUAGCAGAGACAAAAAAGGCAUUACAAUUGAGUCAAAGUGAGACAGUAACGAAUCGUUUGCCAUUAUGUGUGGAAAUCAGCCUUCAGACUGUUGAGGGCGAUAAAAUGUUAUUAGAGAUUUGGUCACUUAACAUUAAUACAGAUUCAAGUGAUCCAUCAUUAAAAGCAAACUAUACAGUUUAUAAUCGUAUGAGUAUAUUGUUAAAAUCUUUAAUAUCAAUAACACGUGUUACUCCAGCAUAUAAACUAAGCAGAAGACAGAACCCUGAUUCAUUUAGUAUCUAUUAUAGAAUUUAUAGUGGUGAACCACAACCCUACAAUUUAGGCGAAUCUUAUAAGCAAGUUCGUAUCGGGCAAUUGACAACACAAAUCGGUACAAUUACAAUGGCUGUCGCAUACAGAACAAAAAUGACAAUUUCACCGACGCCAACUGGACGUGAUAAUACAAUUAUGUUGAAGAGUGAUCACUUCCUUAAAGACUUGAGUCCAAAACAUCUAAGAUAUACAAAUUAUAAUAAAAAGAAUAAUGAUAAGAAGGUAAUUGACUUGGAUAAGCCAAUGAGAUGUGGAGCAUUUGUUGAUGCCAGUCGAAUUAGACAGUAUACAGAAGAUGACUUUAUUCUACCUGAAACGCCUCCAUUUAAUUGGCUGCUAAGAAAGCCUCGCGAAGAAGCAAUAGAGAACAAGAAUGAAGACGAGAAGUUGUCAAGCUCGCAAAAUGAUGAGAACUCGUCACCAAAUAAUAAUAAUAAUAAUAAUCUUAGUAGCAUUAACAGCAGAAUCGCUGAAGCAGCCAAAUUAUCACAAUCACCAAAAGAUAAUCUGUGUGGUACAUCGCCAAGUUCAUUAAAGUCACAAUCAAGAUGGUCGUUACGAGAGAAUAAAGAAGAUGAAAAGCUACUGAAAGAAUUGCAAUUUCCAUUUGCAAAUCAAUCUCCAAUUGGUGAUCUCGCGAAAUUCUAUCGUGAAUGUUUCAACGCACCUCCAUUAGAGUCAUUCUCGUCGACAGUAGAGGAAGUACAAGAUGAGCAGAAAGACGACGUUGAGGUAGAUCUUGCGAAACAGCUUGAAAAAUUUGAGGAUGAAUCAAAUCAAUUUGAGAACCUCAUUACGUCGCUAUACGUGUCAGAGAAUCAAAAUAACAGUUAA